AUGAAGGGGGCAAGGCUGUUUGUCCUGCUUUCUAGUUUAUGGAGUGCAGGUGUGGGACUUCACAAUACCACACAUACUAGGACUACAACACCUGAGGAGAAAAACUUCCAGAGGAACGGAACCUCAACUUCUUACACCGUGAAUCAAAGUCUCCAAACGCUGCCAACCACUCACAUCAUGACACCUGAGACAACCCAGCCUCCUGAGGAAAGAGCUUCUGAAGACAAUCUCCUAAAAUCAACUUUGCUUCCCACUGAGACUGAAGAACCUCCUGAGUCUAGGAGAAGCCAAACUUUUACCCUCCAAGGGAAGAAAGAAGAGGUGAAGACUCUUGCCCCUCUGAGCAAACCUAGUGCCCAGUUGACACCCAGAGCAGAGUCACUUGUCCUUUCUAAUGCUACGUUGGAAUUCCUUCAGAGUUUUGCCAGAAAGUCAAGUCAACAAGCCAUCUCCCUCAACUCAACCGGAGGCCAGGGAAAUCGAGCCCCACGGGAAACCUACCUCAGCAGAGGAGACAACCCUGGAAGGCAAAGAACCAACUUUCAAAAAUCCAGUUUUGAAACAACUAGAGGAAAGAACUGGUGUGCUUAUGUACACACUCGAUUGUCUCCUACGGUGGUACUGGAUCACCAGGUCACACAUGUUCCAAGUGGAAAAGCACCUUGUGGCUGGCUCAGAGGCUCCUGCCCUCAGAGAUCUCAGGUCUCGAGUCCUGUCUAUAAGAUGCAACAUAAAAUCGUCACCUCAUUGGAAUGGAAGUGCUGCCCGGGUUUCAGUGGUCACAACUGUCAGAUGAAAGCCCAGGAACAGCGUCAGCUGAUACACAGCGCCCAGGCAGAGAGUCAUGCAGCUGUGGACCAGGGGACCAGGGAGGAGAAGCAGCGACAGCAAGACUGCGAUGACUCAGCAGUGACACAAAAAAUUACUGAGCAGCUGAGCCACCAGGCAAUAAAACUGAACCUUCUUCAGAAGAAGAUCGACAAUAUCUCCCUGGCCGUGAGUGAGGUAAAGAACACACACUCUUCCCUGGAAGAAAAAAUCAACGACGACAAAGGCGGGGAAUUUCAAUAUUUUCUGAAAGGUCUAAAAUCCAAAAGUUUUAAUGAUCUAGUAAAGGACAUAGUGAAAGAACAAUUUAAAACUUUUCAAACUGACAUACAAGAGACUGUGGCACAACUCUUCAAGACUGUUUCGCGGGUAUCAGAAGAACUUGAAAGCACAAGGCAAACAAUUCGACAAGUGAAUGAAUCCCUGGUUUCAAUAGAAGUUCAGCAAAAGUCUCUCAUACUGCAAGAAAAUAAACCAAUUUUGACCGACAUACUAGAUUUAAAGAAACAUGUUGUGAAUAUAAGACAAGAAAUGAAUUUUACAUGUGAGAAGCCUAUGAAAGAACUAGAAGCAAAACAGAUGCAUCUAGAAAAUGCUCUAGAACAGGAACAUUUGCAGCGCAUUUUGUAUUAUGAAUCAUUCAAUAAGACACUGUCUGAAGUGAAGGAGGGUUAUGAUCAUCUUUCAUCAACUGAACAAGUGUCAGCUCAGAAGAGCGUUCUGGGAACUGAAUCAGUGGGCAGUGAUGUCUCUGAGGACUUGUCUACUCUACAUGAGAAGAUACAGAGGCAGGACUUAAGGAUGUUACAACUGUUUGAUGAAAUACAGGUCCAAGACAGCAAGAUUAACAACCUCACCAUCUCUUUGGAGAUGAAGAAAGAAUCUGUCAGGAGUGAAUGGGAAAACAAGUUAUCCAAGCACAGAAGUGAUUUGGAAAUGCAAAUUAGGGAAUCAGAAGAAAACAUACAAGUUUUAAACCAAACUUUGGUUGAGGUUGUCUUCCCAAUGGACAAGAAGAUGGAAAAAAUGAAAGAGCAAAUAAAUGAUUUGAUUUAUGAUAUGGAGAUUCUUCAGCCUCUUCUUGAGCAAGGACCAUCUCUUAGACAAAGAAUAACAAACGGGCAAUCAAAAGAAGAUGCAGUUACAAGGAAAAAGUUGGACAAUCUGACUGGUGCUGUGAAUACUUUAAAUUUUCAUCUCAAAGAACUUUCAAAAAACCACAACUUGCUUAGAAGUGAAGUACAGAGUCGCAGUGAUUCCUUAGACAGACGUAUCAAUGACUAUGCCUUAGAAAUGGAAGAUGGUCUGAAUAAAACAAUGACAAUUAUGAAUAACGCUAUUGAUUUCGUUCAAGAUAACUAUGUGUUAAAAGAAACUUUCAGUACAAUACAGACUAAUUCUGGGGUUCAUCAUGAAUGUAACCAAAAUAUGAAAACGAUUUUGACAUUUAUUUCUCAAUUCCAACAUCUGAAUGAUUCCAUUCAGAUUUUGAUCAAUGACAAUCAACGAUACAAUCUCAUCUUGCAACUUGCCAAAGCCCUUGCAGACGUUCCUAAAGAUGAGAAACUAAGUGGGUUCAGUUUUCAAAAGAUUUAUCAACUGUUGAAUGAAACUACUUCCCAGGUGAUAAAAUAUCAGCAAAAUGUGAGUCAUUUGGAGGAAAUAGUACUCUCAGCCACAAAGAAUUCAACUAGGUUUGAAACGAGAUUACAAGACAUUGAGUCCAAAUUGACGAAAGUGCUCAUACCUUAUUAUGUUUCACUUAAAAAAGUCAGUGAGGCUACGAAAGAGAAAGACCAGGCUCUUCAGCUGCAGGUGUUAAGUUCCAGAUUUAAGGCGCUGGAAGCAAAAUCCAUUUACCUUUCAGUUAAUCUCUCUUUGCUUAACAAAACUGUCCAUGAAGCUCUGAUGAUGUGUCAUGAUGCUUCUGCACAGACAUCAGAACUGAAUGCUACCAUCCCUGAGUGGAUAAGAGGCUCCCUACCAGAUAUUCAACUUUUCCAGAAAGAUAUGAGGGAAUUUGUGGAAUCAGUCAUUGAAAUGAAAACUCAAGUUGUUCUAUCUAAUUUAACCUGGUAUGUAAAUCGAUCGUUGUCUAGUGGUCUCGUCAACCCUGUCAAGUUCCAAAAGCAAUUCAAACCGUUCAUGAAGAAACCAAACACGCUUAAGAAAUCAACGGCGAAUCUUACUACCAUCUUAACAGGUCGGACCCAAAGAAACACAAAUGACAUUCAAUUUCCUGUGCUGGAUGAGAAUUCGGACUGCAGCAGGUCCCCGUGUCAGAACGGAGGCACGUGCAUCAACGGGAGAAUCGGCUUCACCUGCGCCUGCCGACAUCCUUUCUCGGGCGAGCAGUGCACAGUCAAGCUGGUGGAGGGCAACGCGCUGGCACCAGAUUUUUCCAAAGGAUCUUACAGAUAUGCACCCAUGGUUGCAUUUUUUGCAUCUCAUACGUAUGGAAUGACGACACCUGGUCCUAUCCUGUUUAAUAAUUUGGAUGUCAAUUAUGGAGCUUCCUACACUCCAAGAACUGGAAAAUUCAGAGUUCCUUAUCUUGGGGUGUAUGUGUUUAAGUAUACCAUUGAGUCAUUCAGCGCUCACGUCUCUGGGUUUUUGGUGGUUGAUGGAGUAGACAAGCUUACAUUUGAGUCUGAGAAUAUUAACAGUGAUACACACUGUGAUCGGGUUUUGACUGGAGAUGCCUUAUUAGAAUUAAAUUACGGGCAGGAAGUGUGGUUGAGACUUGUGAAGGGAACAAUUCCAGCCAAAUUCCCCCCUGUUACUACAUUCAGUGGUUAUCUGUUAUAUCGUACAUAAAUUUCUAUGAAAGAGAGAUUACACUUUUGCUGAUAAGCAGGUAGAAUUUUUAUGUAUCUUUGCAUGCACAUCUGCUCUGUUUUAGUUUUUCUAAAUGAGCUUAGAACCAAUUUUUUUAAAUCUGAAUAAGACAUAAAUUUCAUUAAAUCAUUUGACAUCUUUUAGACAGCCUGAAGAAGAAGAAACUCUCUAUUCUAAAACUGGAACAGACAAGUUGCAUUUGUUAGCAGACUCCUUCCUAUUUUUCUUUAUUUAAUAUUAUUAUUUCAAUAUAAAGUGAAUAUUAUUUUAUAAUCACACAAUGUUGGCAGUUUGCUAUAAUAUUUCCUAUAAAAACUUAUCUUCUU